AUGGGUGACCUAUGGGUACUUCUGUUUUUGUCUCUGUCUCUGGCAGCCUUUCGUGGGGUCAAAGGCUGUUUGGAGUGUGAUCCCAAGUUCAUAGAGGAUGUUAGUACCUUGCUGGGAAAUCUGGUACCUGUAGAAGUUCCUGGGAGAACUCAACUGCUUGACAGGCAGCAUAAGGAGAUAACCCACUUAAGCUCCAAGGUCUCCCACAAGGAUAAGACGCUUCGGUUGUUGGCUGUUCGAAAUGUUGUCAAAUUGAGAGAAUGGCUGAAGCAAGAAUUUUAUAGACUGGGCAAUGAAACAUGGAAAGGUGUCAUUAUCAUUCAAGGCAAGCUUCUUGAGGUCCGCCAAAACCUGGAAUCCCAACUGAAAGAAACACUAGAGAACUUCUCCGAAGUUGCUUGUUCAGAAGAUUGCGUUGUAACUGAAGGUCCUGUCCUUGACUGUUGGACCUGUCUUCGCAUGACUACCCGGUGUUUCAGAGGAGACUAUUGUAAAGAUGAGAAUCCAAGGAAGGCUGAAAAUCGAGAGAUUGCUCUGUAUCUGAUAUUGAUAGCAGAAGCUGUACUAUUGGCAAGUGCUGUGUUACUAUUCCAUUUUUGUAUCUCACAUCAGAGGAAAAUGAAGGUAGUACGAAGGACACUGAAGACAUAUUUGGAGAAUAAAAUUGAAGAAAUAUUGGGGAUCAUAGAUACAGAUGAGAAAAAAGAUUUGGAGACCCAGACUUCAAAUUCACAGACAGGAGAGCCAUUAAGUGCUGAAUCAGAGUUGCAAAGUGGGACUUGA